UCUAUCCAUUGGUUCUUCAUUCUUGCAUGGCCUCUCUGUUUCUGCAACCACCAAAGAAUCUAGCAAACACUCCUCACUUCAAAUUCCUCAACAAAGAAGAUGGUAGAUUUCCUUCACGCCAUCAUCAUCGUCUUUCCUAUCUCCAACAAAUCUCCUCUAUCUCCAAGGAUUGUCGAUUACAUGAAGCUGUGGACCUAUUCACUGAAAUGCAGGACAAAGAAAUCAAUAUCGGACCAGAGAUCUAUGGCGACCUUAUUCAAGCUUGUCAUUACGACCGAAAUCUCUUCACGGGUCGGCAAUUUCACGCCCUAAUCAUCAAACACGGCGACGAAUUGGGGAAAAACGAAUACAUUGAGACAAAACUCUUAAUCUUUUACGCCAAGUGCGAUCUUCCUGAAGUUUCGAUCCGAGCAUUUGAAAGAAUGCAACAACGAUCCGUCUAUUCAUGGGCUGCUAUUAUUGGGUUAUAUUGUAGAUUGGGUUUAAACGAAGAAGCUCUGAUGGGUUUUAUUCAAAUGUUAGAAAGUGGAAUUCUUGCUGAUAAUUUCGUCAUGCCGAAUGCUUUAAAAGCUUGUGGGGCUCUUGGGAGGAUUGGUUUGGGGAAAGGAGUUCAUGGGUAUUCUCUUAAGACUGGUUUUGGUGAUUGUGUCUUCCUUGCGAGUAGUCUAGUUGACAUGUAUGGGAAAUGUUGUGUUCUUCAUGAUGCACGUAAGGUGUUUGAUUUUAUGCCUGAGAGAAAUGUUGUGUCUUGGAAUUCUAUGAUAACGAGCUAUGUUCAAAAUGGGAUGAAUGAAGAAGCUUUAAAGCUCUUUUAUGAAAUGAGAAUGGAAGGAAUUCAUAUAAGCAGUAUAACCAUUGUAAGCUUUCUUUCAGCUUGUGCGAAUUUAAUUGCUUUAGAAGAAGGAAAACAAGGUCACGCCAUUGCUAUUGUUUGUGGAUUAGAUUUAGAUAAUAACAUAUUGGGUAGUUCCAUUUUGAAUUUCUAUUCUAAAGUCAAAUCCAUUGAAGAAGCUGAAUUGGUUUUCAAUAGGAUUCAUGAUAAAGAUGUUGUGACAUGGAAUUUAUUAACAUCUUGCUAUGCGAAUUGCGGUUUGAUCGAUAAGGCAGUUAGUUUAUGUCGAUUAAUGAGAUCGGAGAAUUACAUUUUUGAUGCUGUCACCUUAUCGUCUAUCAUUUCGUCAGCUGCAGAUGCGAAAAACCUAAAACUCGGUAAAGAAUGUCAUUGUUAUUGUCUCAGGAACGAUUUAGUCUCGAAUGUUAUCGUUAUUAAUACCGUCGUUAAUAUGUACGCGAAAUGUGGAAGGAUUAUAGAAGCUAGACGAGUUUUUAACUCAAGUAGAUUAAAAGACUUGGCUUUGUGGAACACAUUGAUGGCUGCUUAUUCUGAAUUAGGUCUUUCGGGCGAGACUUUAAAACUGUUUUACGAUAUGCAGUUAGACGGGAUACCACCAAACGUCGUUUCAUUUAACUCGAUUCUAAUCGGUUUCUUGAGAAAAGGGCAGGUUGAUGAAGUAAUUAUAUUUUUUCGACAAAUGUUGGAAAUGGGAAUUCGACCAAAUUCCUUAAGCAUAACUGCCAUUCUUUCUGCUUGCACUGACAUUUCGUCGCUAAUACUAGGAAGAUCGAUCCACGGAUACCUAACUAGACGUAACUGUCUUCAACUGAUUCCCAUCACAACUGCUUUGUUGGAUAUGUAUGGUAAGUGUGGUAAGGUUAAACAAGCCGAGGGUUUGUUUGGUUUGAUUUCGAACAAAGAAACGCCGAUAUACAACGCGAUGAUAUCCGCUUACGCGGUUCAAGGUCGAUAUCUUGACGCUAUUAACAUGUUGAAGAAACUCGAGGAAGAAGGUAAAGAGCCCGAUGGUAUAACAUUUACUUGCAUUUUAUCGGCAUGUAGCCACUCGGGUUUAUUGAAUGAAGGCGUAAGAGUUUUCAUCGAUAUGGUUGAGAAAUAUCGCAUUAAGCCGAGGAUGGAACACUAUGGAUGUAUGGUGAGUCUAUUUUCUCGUCUUGGAUACCUGGAAGAAGCUCUCGAUAUUAUUCGAUCGAUGCCUUUUAGUCCGGAUGCUCAAAUACUUUCGUCGUUGCUUGCGGGUACUAAAGAGGAGGGAAAGAUUGAAACUGGGGAGUAUAUUUCCGAGUUUUUGUUUGAAAUUGAGAGUACGAGUUGUGGGAACUACGUUGCUCUUUCAAAUGCUUAUGCGGGUAUUGGGAGGUUUGAUGAGGCCUCGAGGGUAAGGCGGAUGAUGAGAGAAAAAAGUGUGAAAAAGAAUCCGGGCUGUAGUUGGAUUCAAAUUGGAGGGAAUUCACGUGUGUUUGUCUCUGGUUAUGAUGCAUCUUAUCCAGAAGCCGACGAAAUUUAUUCAACAUUGGACUUGUUAUUGCAAGAAAUGCGCGAUUGUGAAUGAUGAAAUGGAGAA